AUGACGCCGAACUUUUUUAAUAAAAUCAACAACUAUGAUAGUCCGCUGACACAACGAGAAAAAAAUGCUUAUAAACAUGAUUUAACAAAAACAGUUGCAAUUUUAUUUGCUUUCUUAUCCUAUUUGAUAUCAUUCACAUUUAUUGGUUUUAAUAUUUAUGAUAAAAAAUCAUUCAAUAAUUCAUUGGCUGAGUUUCAUCGUAAAACGCUUCCGUUGGCACCUCAACUCAAUUGGAUUGGCCCAUUAUGGAUGAUUGUUUAUGGAGCACAGUUGCCUUGGCUAUUAUAUGGUAUAACAACAAUUUGUCGUAAAACCGAUAAUGAUUAUUUAUACAAAUAUCCAAGACCUAUUCAUCCAAUACAAUCGCUUACGUUUACAGCCGCUUGUUGGUGCAAUACUCUAUUCGUAUUUUUAAUUAAUAAUAAUUCAUUACCAUUGGCACUUGUCUACACUGUAUUGGGUACAAUGGCUGUUUUAUUUUGUCUUGUAACAUCGGUUAUACAUUUACACAAUUAUGAAAGAGAAUUGUCAACAUGUAAUUUAUAUUCUGGGAAAACAUGGAGAUCAUUAACAUCUACAUACGGAAGACAUUCAAUAUUAGAAGGAAAAGAUUAG